CAGAGCACUGUUGGAUGUAGCCGAACGAAUUGUUUUCCCUGUCUCUGUGUAUCAACAUUUUCUGCACAGGACAGAUUGUGAACAACUUCUUUCUUAAGGAGAGAAUGUUUAAAUUUCACCAAGUGAAACAUAUUUUUGAUACACUAGAUAAAAUGCGAUGCCUGCGAAAACGUUCUACGGUCUCAUUCUUGGGAGUUCUUGUCAUUUUCCUUCUGUUUAUGAACUUGUACAUUGAAGAUAGCUACGUUAUGGAAGGAGACAAACAACUUGUAAGGGAAACAUCUACACAUCAACUGAAUCCUGAACGCUAUGUGCAUACUUUCAAAGAUUUAUCUAAUUUCUCAGGAGCCAUCAAUGUCACCUAUCGCUUCUUAGCUGUCAUGCCUUUACAAAGAAAGCGGUUUCUUACAAUUGGACUUUCAUCAGUGAGACGAAAAAAAGGAAAUUAUUUACUUGAGACAAUCAAGUCAAUUUUUGAGCAAUCCAGCUACGAAGAGUUGAAGGAAAUUUCAGUGGUGGUUCAUCUAGCUGACUUUAAUUCAUCCUGGCGUGAGGUCAUGUUACAGGAUAUUACACAGAAAUUUGCCCACCAUAUUAUUGCAGGAAGAUUAAUGGUUAUACAUGCUCCAGAGGAAUAUUACCCAAUCCUGAGUGGCCUUAAAAGAAAUUACAAUGAUCCAGAAGACAGAGUGAGAUUUCGUUCCAAGCAAAAUGUAGAUUAUGCUUUUUUGCUUAAUUUUUGUGCCAAUAUUUCAGACUAUUAUGUAAUGCUUGAAGAUGAUGUUCGUUGUUCAAAAAAUUUCUUUACUGCCAUCAAGAAAGUCAUUACAUCCCUAGAAGGAACUUACUGGGUAACCCUUGAGUUCUCUAAGCUUGGCUAUAUAGGAAAACUUUAUCAUUCUCAUGAUCUCCCACGUUUGGCGCAUUUUUUAUUAAUGUUUUAUCAAGAAAUGCCUUGUGAUUGGCUACUGACUCAUUUCCGCGGUCUGUUGGCUCAGAAAAAUGUGAUUCGUUUUAAACCAUCUCUCUUUCAGCACAUGGGUUAUUACUCAUCAUAUAAAGGAACUGAGAAUAAGCUGAAAGAUGAUGAUUUUGAAGAGGAGCCAUUUGAUAUCCCAGAUAACCCUCCUGCAAGUCUAUAUACCAACAUGAGUGUUUUUGAAAAUUAUGAUGCAAGCAAGGCUUAUAGUAGUGUUGAUGAAUACUUUUGGGGAAAAUCACCAUCAACAGGAGAUGUCUUUGUGAUUAUAUUUGAAAAUCCGAUUGUAAUCAAAAGAAUUAAAGUGAAUACUGGAACAGAAGAUCGACAAAAUGACAUUUUGCAUCAUGGAGCCCUAGAUGUUGGAGGAGAUAUUAGAUAUUUUAAACAAAAUAGACAAUGUGUUACUUACAUAAGACUAGGGGAAUUCAAAAAUGGAAACUUUGAAGUAUCUGAUGUAAAUCAAAAAAUUCCAUUUGAUAUACAUUGUAUGAGGAUAUAUGUUACCAAAACACAAAAAGAAUGGCUGAUUAUUAGGAGUAUUAGCAUUUGGACUUCUUAGCCAAUUGAAUCAAUAUGUCCAGUUACUGAAGCAGGUCUUCCUGUUUCCUUUUUGACUACCUUCCUCUUUUGCUCCCUUUAUCCUCUGGAGGGAAAACAAUGGAUCAGAUGUUGAAAAACUCAUUUUGGCAGUUUUGAUUUACACAUUGUCAGCAUACUUUUACUCUAAUACACACUUACAUUUAUUUUAACUUCUGAAGUUUAUCAGUUCACAGUUAAUGCUACUUUUGUUUAUGUUUUAAUGUUAUCAUAUUACUUUCAGAAUUUCAUCUGAAUGUCAAAAAGUGACACGAAGGAUUUCAAAUGAGAAAAUGUAGUUUGUUGG